GAUGAAUUAGACAUUAAAUAAAGAGUCGACCCUGGGGCCAGCGCACCUCCACUGCCUGUCAUGCGUGCGCUCCUGUCAUUGUGCAUGUGGCCGCUGCUCCUGCCGCUGCUCCUGUCGCUGGAGAUCCAGUCCAGGACCGUGACUUUGCACUAUCCGCUUCACAGACAUGGGUUGUGUUUACCCAGAACAUCAAGAGUCCCAAAGUCUUUUCUCACUUUCAUCAUACCUACUGCCCCUCAUCUCUUUGUUGCCAUUGACAACCGCAUCACCAAGGGAGACAGAUAUAUCAUCUUAAGGACCAUAGAGACCCCGCCCAGGCUGUCUGUCUUGACUCUUCACCAAAAUAGCUACAGGCUGAAAAAAGCAUCAGUGUGGCACCGCGGAUCACGAGGUCGUCGCCAUGCCAACAGUGGAGAUAGACGGGGUCACAGCCAGCUGAUGAGGGUGGGGUGUGUCCUCGGCACCUGUCAGGUUCAGAUCCUCAGCCACCGUCUCUACCAGCUGAUUGGACAGAACGGGAGGGAAGACUCCUCACCUAUGAACCCUCGCAGUCCUCACAGCUACGGAUGAAAUAACAACACACACGUCUUCUGAUGCUCAGACAAUAAACUUUAAUGCCUGAACUCCUGAUCUCACCUGCUCAGUGCUUCAAGGAGAAAUAUGCUUUUUGUAUUUUUUUAGCAACCCUAAUCAUAUUAAACCAGCCUUUAUAAACAACAACAAAAAAAAGAGUUUGUGGACCACUGGU